AGUAUCAAACAAAAUUGUUGAAUUGAAAAGGAAAACAAACAGUCGACUUUCAGUAGUUUUUUAUCUUUAUAAAUAUUUUGAUGAUUUUCUUUUCUGUGUAAGAUAAAGUAAUGCAAAAUGCCUACAGUAUUAUUAUUAGAUAUAUCUCUAUCCAUGUUCCGACCAGUGCCUACUUCAGAUGCCACAGAAAGCCAUACAAGAUUAUCAUUGGCGUCAGCGGCGAUAAACACGUUUUUGGAUUAUCUUAGUCUACAUUCUAAAUUGGAAUACGUUUCCUUGGUCACAUUUUCAUCAUCUUAUGAAGUAACUGUACCUUUUACUCGGGAUUAUGACUGUAUUCGAAGUAAGUUACCUCAUUUAGAGGAAGGUGAUAAGACUAGCAUAGAAACUGCACUACUUGGAGUAAACCAAGUUAUACUCAGUGAGUGGGGGUAUCAAACUGCCGUACAAAUAAUUCUGGUAACUGAUGGGAGCUGUGGGGUUGGUUCCAUAGGCAGAAACCGUAUUACCCAAGCCCUUCCCCUGCCUCCAUCAUAUCCUGCUCGGAUACACGUCCUUCCUGUAGUGUCUCCACACGAUUCUUGUUUGCAACAGGCUAUGCCGCUGUACCAGAAGAUUGUAGAUCUAGCGGUAAAUACCACAAGUGGCUCAAAUUUAAGUAUAACACGAGGUGCCAUUUUCUGUCCAGAGCAACUCAGUCUCUCAGGGACAAUCUCAACAAUGACUCGACUGUGCGAGCAGCAUUACCAAGAGUUCUGGUGCACCCUCAAGUGCGGUCAGCUGGAAUCGCGCGUACAGCUGUUCCCAGCGCCGCAGGCUGCCUCGCACGAGGGCCUGGCCGCCAGCUAUACUAUCGCCCAUCAACUUCAUGUGGUCGGAUUCCUUCAUCAGCAAGACUUGGGUACUCCAAUAGCAAUAAGUAAACAUUUAGUCAUACCACAAGCUCAAUCUGGAGGUGGCAAUAGUGCCGGCCGGGAAAAUUAUGAUCCAAAAACACCAACAAAGGAAGGUUCGAGCACAGAUGGUUCGGCUACUGAAGAAGAUAUGUCAGAUCCAAGUAAAGUACCCAAUUUCUGUGUACUGUUGCACGGCGCGCUAAAGGUUGAAAGCAUGUCGGCAAUAGUUCAACUGGGAGCAGAAUGGUGGGGCACACUUACGGUGUGGUGUGAGGCGUCCCGGGCCCGGCGGUCGUGCCUGUUGCUGAGUGUGAUGCGGCCCGGGCCCGGCGCCGCGCCCUGGCUGGGCUCGCUCGACCAGCUGGGCGUGGCGGACGACGCCAGCGUCGGGGAGACGUUCCCGAUCCGGUCGUGGCGCUCGUACAUCAGCGGCGGGUCGGGGUUCGCGUGGGCGCGGCCGCACGCGCUGCUGGCCGAUGUGCAGAAGGUGUUGCGGCACGCGCGCAAGCUGCCCGACAAGACACAGCAUUUGUACAAGGAGCUGAAUCGGCUGCGUCGCGGCGCAAUCUCGCUCGGGUUCUCUGAGCUGCUGAGCUGCGUCGGCGGCGCGCUGGAGCGCGAGUGCGCAGCGCUGCCCGCGUCGGCGCCGCCCGAGUGCGCGCUGCAGCUGGCGCACGCGGCCGCCGCGCUCCGCGACCCGCGCACUGCACUCGACAUCAAACACGUCGUGCAACCGCUCGCUGCCAACUUCACUGUCACCACUAUGAAUCAUUGAAUAUAAAAUUUAUAUCCA